AACGGCCCCGCGGGGAGGAAACUGAGUACUGACUGACAGUCGCUCAGCCGGUGAACUUCCUCAUUUUGAGUCGGUAGAUAGUCGGCAGCAGCGGCCCGGGACACGCCACCAUGUCGGUUAAAGACUCGCUUGAAAGCGGACUGGACUUUGUUGAGUUUCUAGGAGACAGAAUUUCCAUCACCAGCAAAAAAGAACUUCGGGAAAUCUACAACGCUGAAUUUAAGGGCAGAGAAGGAAUUAAAGACCCCACCUUCUCCAGUGUUCUGCAUGCCCUGCUGAAGUGCAACAAAGCCCACGUGAAGCAGGGGGCCGUCUACAUAAAUGUCGGGCCUCAGUUUCGAGUGUAUUGCGACCAAUGGAGAAAGCCCCGCGCCCCUCAGACCCCACACAGCCCGGACACAGGCCCCCAGGAGACGGACGAGACACCUUCAUCUUCACCUUCCUCUUCACCUUCCUCUGCCCCCUCUACUAAUAUGAAGUCUGUGCUGAACCCCAAGAAAAAGAUGGCUACGGAAAUCCUAAGCAAGUUGAAGAUGAAAAGGAAAAAGUUGACGGCUGACAAGUGGGGCAUUGUGAUCACCUCGGACCCCCCGGCGAGAGAAGGAAGGAUUCACGUCACCGUGGAUCGUCUGAGGGAGUCGUUCGCCCUCCCGUUCCACAUUUUAAACAAGGGCACCCACUGCGUCCAAUUCACCUUCUACACGGCCCUGCACAAGAUCCGCUGUUUCACUCUGGAGGAUGAGAAGAGCGUGGACCGAGCUUCUCCGCUGAUCCUGCGUCCUGGAGAAAGCUACGGCGUUGUGGUCCGGUACACGCUGAACCAUUACGGAUACUUCCCCACCACAAUGUACUUUGAGUUCUGCCCAGUAUUGCCAAAAGCCGUUCCCUUUUGCAUCAUGAGGGAGAUGGAAGUGGUAGCCAGGACCCCUCUGGCGCUGGAGCUGGGGCCCGUGGCUCCUUACAGACCGUUUCAGGUGGUCACAUACAGGCCGGUCAAAACUGUGACCGUGGAGGGAAUACCGCCUCCGGGGUCGGGCUCCAGGCCUCUGAAGAUGGCAGUGAAAUUGAGAAACAACACGUACCCGGCUUACCUAAAGCAACUGGCGAAGCAAAGGAUGGAGAACUCCGUGUUCCUCUCUCCAGCUGCCAGACAGAAACUGCCUUCAGUCAAGGGUCUCCUCAACUCUUCCUUGGCGAUGAAGACGUAUGCCCAGCGACUUCACCUCCUGCUACACCUGGAAGAGAUACAGACGGAGGUGGACAUCAGGAAAUACGACCUCCGCAAUCAAGUGUUUACUCGAGACCAAUGCAACAAAAAGCUGCUCACUUUCAGAGCUCCAGGUGUUGCUGAGAAUCGUCCGUCCGUGCUCCGGGGAGAUUGCAUCCGGGUGUCCAAUUCAGCAGAGAAGGUCGAGCCGAUCACCGUGUACAUCGGAUAUGUGCACAGAGUGGAGCUGGACAGCGUGACGCUGGGCUUCUCCAAGAGGUUGCUGUUCAGCAGCGAUAUGAAGUUCGACGUGGAGUUUACUCUCAACCGGUACUGCUUGAACCUGCAACAUCGGGCCGUGGACUUGGCGGAGAAGCAUAAGCUGGAGAAGGUGCUGUUUCCGACCGGUGCGGCGGUGGCUUAUCUCUCCAUGCCGAAACUCAGGAUGUUCAACGAGCAGCUGGAGAACAACCCGGAGCAACGCGCCGCGGUCCAGCGCAUUGUGGCCGGGUCCUCGAAGCCCGCCCCUCAUCUUGUGUUUGGACCUCCCGGGACUGGGAAGACGAUCACUCUGGUGGAAGCCAUGCAUCAGGUCAGCAAGGCCGACCCGUCCGCCCGCAUCCUGGCCUGUGCACCUUCCAACAGCGCGUGUGACCUCCUCUGCGAGAGGCUGAUGGUUCACACCGACGCUUCCCGCAUUUGCCGCGUGUACGCCAGCAGCCGAGACCCGAGAAGCAUCCCCAAGAACAUGCUGAAAUACUGCAACUGGAAGCAGGACAAAAGGGUAUUAGAGUCUCCGCUGAAAGAAACUCUGAUGAAAUACUUGAUCGUAGUUACAACUUUGGUCACAGCCGGCAAGCUGGUGACUAUAGGAAUCCCAGUCGGCCAUUUUACACACGUCUUUUUGGAUGAAGGAGGCCACGCAGUGGAGUCAGAGUGCGUCAUUCCCAUCGCAGGUCUGCUCAGUGCAGAGACUGGUCAGCUGGUGCUGGCAGGAGAUCCCAAGCAGCUGGGUCCGAUCCUUCGAUCCCCUUUUUCACUGCAGUAUGGACUCGGGCUUUCUCUGCUUGAGAGGCUGAUGAAGCACAACGCUUUAUACCAGAAAAGCACAGAGUCUGGGCACUUUGACACCCGCUUUGUCACCAAACUGCUGAGAAACUACAGGUCUCAUCCUGCCAUCCUGAAGAUCCCCAAUGAGCUCUUCUACGAGAAUGAACUGCAGGCGUUUGCCGACCCGUGGGAGCGGGAUACGUACUGCAACUGGGAACACCUUCCCAAAAAGGGUUUCCCGCUCAUCUUCCAUGGGGUGAUGGGGAAAGACGAGAGAGAGGCCAACAGUCCUUCUUUCUUCAACGUGUCUGAGAUUGAAGUCGUGGUCGACUACCUCACCAAGCUGAUGGACACGCAAGGAAAGAAGGGUCUCCCCAAGCUCUGUGCGAAGGACAUCGGCAUCAUCUCCCCGUACAGGAAACAAGUCGAGAAAAUCCAAAAGGCCCUGAAGUCCGUCGCGGCUCUGAAGCGAUGGGGCGAUCUCAAAGAGCUCAAGGUGGGCUCUGUGGAGGAGUUCCAGGGCCAGGAGAGGAAGAUCAUCAUGGUCUCCACCGUCCGCAGCAGCCUCAAUUACGUCAGGAUGGACAAAGACUUCAACAUCGGAUUCCUGUCCAAUGAAAAGAGGUUCAACGUGGCCCUGACCAGAGCCAGGUCCCUGUUGAUAGUCGUGGGAAACCCUGUGAUCCUCAACAAGGACCCCACCUGGGAGAAGCUCAUCCGCUAUUGUGUGAAGGAGGAGGGUUACGCUGGAUUCGACUUUGAGGACGCAGAAGGAGAGGACGACCUCGUGUCCAGUCUGACGAGCCUGAACAUCAACGUGGAUUCAGACGAGCCUGUCGAGGAGGGAGAGGAGAGCGCCCUCCAGCGGCAGCCGGGCCCGAGUGAAGACAUGAACAUCAACGUCUGAAAUAAAACAACCGUUUGCAGAGACGUCCAACAUGUUUACAUUGAUGUACAUUUAAGAUGCACAGCAACUAUCUAUUCUGAGCUUUUAAUUUCACUGUUCAUCUACCGAUUAAGAAUAUGUCCUUUUUAAAUCAACUUUUCUAAGAACACUUUACUUAAUUUGCUGCAGUCAGUCGGAGCUCGCCCUUUGGAUGAUGCCGCUAAAAUAAUGAAAUUGUUAAAUGUUUUGUUCUGGAGUGUACCUCUGUUCAGUGGCUUCUUGAAUAAAACUGCCACUUAACAGACAUUUAUAUGUGGGAAAAUAAGUUGCAGACGAUUCAAGGAUAUCUUCGCCAUUCUCAGGAAUUCUUCGCCAUUUGUCUUCCUUUCACAAGUCUGUAUUUUUUCAACUCAAACUUCUCUCUUAUAGUUGAAGCCUGAAGAAAGUCAGUCAUUUCUGAACCAUAUUGUGAUGCACUUUUGUCAUAGCAGAACCUUUUGAUUCAUUACACCGUAAACCAUAACUUGAGAAGAAUUGACCUGAGGACAAGUCAGUCUCGUCUCAAAAAGAGUUUAUAAAUAUAUACUUCAAAUCAAACAGUCACGACAACAAAUUGUUUACAGAGCUUUUUAACAAUAAACUUUUGUAUAAAUUGU